UUCCUCGGUUCAAUCUACCACUGUAGAGGAUAUACAACAUUUCUCAAGCUCCACCUCAUCAUGCUAAAUGAUGUGUAUCCCCUCGUUGAACGGGGUAGUGGCGGCGAUGAGCUGAAUGGCGUAUAUCCCUUGUACCCAGUGGCAUUGAUUGUACCCACUCUCGCCUUCCCAGCCUUUAUCCUAUGUAUUCCGCCCAUGAUGUGGCAUUUCACUCAACGCAACAUCGCUGCCGGUUCACUGAUGCUUUGGCUGAUACUCAUCAACUUCUUCAACGCGAUCAACCCUCUGAUAUGGCCUCGUGACAACAUGGAGGAUUGGUGGAACGGCCAGGGUCUCUGUGACAUUCAGGCUCGGGUGCAAGUUGGAGCCGUCAUCGCCUGGACGAACUGUGCUGGAGUAAUUGCACGUCGGCUCGCGAACGUCAUGGACACCAGCAAUAUCACCGUGGCACCCAGCAAAAACCAUUGGAUUCUGGAAAGGUCGAUCGAGAUUGUGUUUUGCUGGAUCCUGCCAAUUCUUCUAAUGAUUGUGUACUACAUCGUUCAGCGGAUGCGGUACUUCAUCUUCGGCAUCUCUGGGUGCGUAGCUGCGUACGAUCCCAGCUGGGCGAGUAUUGUUUUUGUCUGGAUGUGGGGACCCAUCAGUACAUUGGUCGCAUCGUACUAUGCAGGAUUGCUGAUAUUCCGCUUGUACCGUUAUCGCCGCGAGUUCCACCGAUUGAUCGCUGCACGCAAUACCUCCAAGUCACGGUUCAUCCGCCUUUUCCUCUUGUCGGUCAUUAUUCUCAUUGUAGUGCUGCCAUACUACACGUACAUCCUUUGCGACCUCUCGAAACUGGCCACCGUAGGUUUUGACUGGGACAGGGUUCAUGGGAGCGAUUGGAAUUCCGUGGUCAAAGUCCCAUCUCAUGGUCGGCUUCGAAUGGAUCGAUGGGCCGAGAUCAUCUUAGGCUAUGUUCUUUUCCUUCUCUUCGGCACAGGAACAGAUGCCCACAACUCUUACAAGCGUAUGCUUGUGUCUAUGGGGUUAGGCAGAGUGUUCCCGCGUCUUCUUGUCAUCCAGGAAAGCACGUCGACAUCGCCUUCCACUAUGACCUUUGUGAAAGGCUGGACGACUUCUUGGUCAACAAAAGCGAAAGGAGUAUUCUCGAAGAACGGAACGGUGAACGAAACACUGGUCAGCGACACUCGCCGUUCCUCGAGCAUGGCUGGGACACCAGGAACCGUCCGGUCUGGGAGCUUGCAUCCAGUGUCAAUCAAUGAUCCAAUGCUUCCGUCCCCACCAGAGAGCAGCAAACAGUCAUUGUUCAGUCGCCUUUUUCGCAGUAAGAAAGUCCGUCCAACACUCCUCCCAAUCUCCGUUGUGAGCUCAAUACAACCGCCUCAGAUGGGAAAAUCGCCUGUGGAUAGUAUCCCCCCGGGUGUACAUGCUCGUGCGUGGUCGAAUGAAGGAUCUACGAAUGGAAUGAUGGAAGAGAGCGAUGGUGUUCAAGUGAUGCGCGAGAUCCGUCAAGCUCAUGAGGAGAAGCGCAAGAGUGCCAAGACAGAUCCAUCUGAGUGGGCAUGA